AUGAAAUUUGCUAUCACUUCAUUAGCUUUAGGUAUUUUUGUUGCUUUAACUUCUGCUGCUGCUGUUGUUGAAAAAAGAGGUGGUGAAUGGGAUGGUUAUGAACCAACUAAAACCUAUGAUGAUGGUGGUGGUAUUACUUCGUUUCCAAAUAUUUUUGCAUUAGGUGUUAAAGAUUAUGGUGAUGGUUCAUUUACUACUUUAGAUUUAGUCUAUGAAAUUGAUGAUGGUCAAUUAAUUUAUGAUAAAAGUCAUCCAUAUCAUGUUGAAAACUAUGAUGAUUGUGAAACAGAAAAACCACCAAGACCAACAUCAACAAGUGAUUGUGAAACCGAGAAACCACCAAGACCAUCAAAAAUUCCUUAUCAUGAUGGUUGGCAAAGAGAAAAUUUAGAAGCUAGAGGCUAUGAAACAAAACCAGAAGAUAAUUGGGGAUCAUUUAAAUAUCCAUUUUUAAAAAUAGAAAAAUCUCAACAUAAUACUUUCUUCAAUUUAAAAGAUACCGUUUUAAGAACUGUAUUUUCGAAUAAAAUUGUAGAAAUUGUUGCUAAUCAUCAAUUACAAGCUGAUUCACCUGUUCAACCUGAUGCUCUAUUCACCAAAGGUUUUUCAAUUGUUUAUAAACAUGGUGCUUGGUUAUUAGCUUUAAAUGGUUCAACUAAAUUCUUUAAUGCUGUUAUUGAUUCAACUAAAACUUCAUUCAAAAUUUAUGAUGCCCCAAUUACAUCAGAAUCGAAACCAAUUGAAUUAGUUGUUAUUGUUGUUAAAGGUGGUCAUAAAUGGUAA